AUGGCAUACAGAAGGAAACACAACUGUGGUGGAGGAUCAUUCUCCACUCCACGACAGACCACAGACUAUCCCUUAUGACCAAGAUUUCCCAUUCACAUUGCAACUCUACCAAACAACUUUAAUAUGUUAUGUCAAUUAAAAACUGUACAAUCAUGGCCACAAUCAUAUCAACAAGAUGAGAAUUAAAUGAACUAGAGAGAUCAUACAAGGAACAUAAACAUGAAUGAGGUUAGCAUGUAGUUUCCUUGUCAGUUCCUCAAGUUAGUUCAGUUUUAAUUUCUUAGUAGACACCUCAAACAACAAAACAAUCUCAUUCAUCAGUACUAAAUUUUUUCAUUGGAAUGUGAUAAGGUAAGUGCUACUUAUUCUGUUGAAAGUUGCAACCUACAACCUUGACUAAUAAAUGACAUAUAGAACUAGUUUUAGCAGUAGAAUUGCUACCCUCUUGUUAUUGACUAUUUCCUUCUUGCAUGGUGCUACUACUCUUACCUCUGAUGGGUUGACUCUGUUGUUAUUGAUGAGAAAGUGGACUUCUGUUCCUCCUCACAUCAAUUCUAGCUGGAAUUCUUCUGAUUCCAAUCCAUGUUCAUGGGUUGGUGUUCAAUGUGACCAUACCCAUAACGUCAUUUCCCUUAAUCUCACUAGUCAUGGGAUUUUUGGUCAACUUGGACCGGAAAUUGGAAACCUUUAUCACUUGCAGACCCUUUUGUUGUUGGGUAAUGGUUUCUCAGGAAAAGUGCCUUUAGAGUUAAGCAACUGUAGUUUGCUUGAGAAUUUAGAUCUUUCUGAGAACAGAUUUAGUGGAAAGAUACCGUAUAGUUUGAAAAAGUUGCAAAAUUUACAGUUAAUAAGAUUGUCUUCCAAUAUACUGACUGGCGAAAUUCCAGAUUCUUUGUUUGAAAUUCCUUCCCUUAAAGAAGUGAGUCUACACAGUAACCUACUUAGUGGUCCUAUUCCAACCAAUAUUGGAAACUUGACAAAUCUGUUAAGGUUGUAUCUAUAUGGUAAUCAGUUGUCAGGGGCUAUUCCUUCAUCUCUUGGUAAUUGCAGUAAGCUAGAGGACCUUCAACUGUCUUUCAACCGUUUGAGAGGCGAAAUUCCAGUCACUAUUUGGAGAAUUCCUAGUCUUGUGCACAUCUUGGUUCACAACAAUAGCCUCUCUGGGGAACUACCUUUUGAAAUGACAAACCUUAAGUAUCUAAAAAAUAUCUCAUUGUUUGAAAAUCAGUUCUCAGGAGUCAUACCUCAAAGCUUGGGAAUCAACAGCAGAAUAGUGAAGUUGGACUGUAUGAAUAACAAGUUCAGUGGUAAUAUCCCACCAAAUCUUUGCUUUGGAAAGAAUUUGCGCGAGCUCAAUAUGGGAAGAAAUCAAUUUCAAGGUGGCAUACCUUCUGGUAUAGGAAGAUGUGCAACUCUAAGGAGGUUGAUUCUCAAUGAGAAUAGUUUCAGUGGACUUCUUCCCGAGUUUGAAAGCAAUUUGAAUCUGAAAUACAUGGACAUGGGCAAGAACAAUAUUAGUGGACAGAUUCCAUCAAGUUUGGGAAAUUGCACAAAGCUCACAUACAUUAAUUUGUCAUGGAACAAAUUUGUAGGGCCAAUACCAUCAGAUCUUGGAAAUCUUGUGAAUCUUGUGAUUUUGGAUCUUGCUCACAACAACUUGGUAGGUCCUUUUCCACCUCAGCUGUCAAAUUGUACUAAAAUGGAUCGUUUGAAUGUGGGAUUCAAUUUCCUAAAUGGAUCGUUCCCUUCAAGUUUAAGAAGUUGGACAGGCAUAACCACAUUGGUAUUAAGAGAAAAUUACUUCACAGGAGGUAUCCCGGGGUUUUUGGCAGAAUUUAGCAACCUUCGCGAGUUACAACUUGGUGGAAAUUUGUUUGGAGGCAAAAUACCUCGAACAAUGGGAACAAUGCACAAUCUGUUCUAUGGAUUGAAUUUGAGUGCUAAUGGCUUGUCAGGUGACAUUCCUGCAGAAAUUGGGAAGCUUAAACUGCUGCAAAGUCUAGACAUAUCCUCAAACAAUUUGACAGGAAGUAUAGAUGCUAUUGAAGGUCUUGUUUCAUUAAUUGAAAUCAAUAUUUCUUACAAUCUCUUCAAUGGUUCUGUACCAACAGGUCUAACGAAGUUAUUGAAUUCCUCACCAUCUUCAUUCAUCGGUAACCCUCUCCUUUGUUUCAGUUGUUUGAGUUGCAUUGAAACUAGUUUUGUUAAUCCAUGUGUCUACAAAUCAAGUAAUCACAAAAGCAUCAGUACUGUUCAAAUUGUGAUGAUAGAACUUGGAUCCUCGAUAUUUAUUACUGUUGUGAUCCUAAUAAUAAUUCGAAUUUAUUUCCUCAAGAUGUCAUGUUCCCCACUGGUGAUGGUGUUGAAGGCUAUGGCUAAAUUAUACGAUUGCUAUAAUUUUGGCAGAGGAAUUGUGCAUAAAAGCCAGCAGGGCCGAGAAUCGGAAAUGGCGUCUGAUCUUAAGCAACAGUCUGAUAUUGAAAGAGGAGCUACACUUAGCCAACAGUCUUACAAUGAAAGAGGAGCUGCUCCGGCGUCCGAGUUUAGCAAAUGGUCCUAUUAUAUUGAAAAAGGAGUUGGAAGGAUUGGAGUCACAUAUGCUCGAGAAUUCAAUAUCUCAGGCAAAGAGAAGUCGCGUACCCUUAAGGAUGUAGUGUUGGAGGCUACUGAAAAUCUAAAUCAACGGUAUAUUAUUGGCAAGGGAGGACAUGGUACUGUGUACAAAGCCAUAAUUGGUCAACAGAUUUUUGCUGUAAAGAAGGUUGAAUUUGGACGGAACAAGAAAAAGCGGCUAAGUAUCAUACGUAAUGAAAUUGAAGUCCUUGGGAUGUUUAAGCAUCGAAAUUUGUUGAAACAUGCAGACUACUGGAUUGGUGAGGAAUAUGGUUUAGUCUUAUGUGAAUUCAUGAAAAAUGGAAGCCUUCAUGAUAUUUUGCAUGAAAAGAAACCACCACCACCGUUAACAUGGAAUGUUCGGUGUAAAAUAGCUGUUGGAAUUGCUCAAGGACUACUAUAUCUGCAUUAUGAUUGUGUUCCACGAAUAGUGCACCGAGACAUAAAACCAAAGAACAUACUUGUUGACGACAAUAUGGAGCCUAUCAUAGCUGAUUUUGGCACUGCCCUAUGCAAGAAGGUGUUAGAGGAUUCUAAUAGUCAUUCAACAAUCCGGAAAAUGCUUUCGUCACACGUUGUUGGUACUCCUGGCUAUAUUGCACCGGAGAAUGCAUAUGAUAUUGUGCCGGGAAGAAAGUCGGAUGUAUAUAGCUAUGGAGUUGUUUUGCUCGAGCUAUUAACCAGAAAGAAACUGUUAGUCCCGUCUUUGAAUGAUGAGGCAGAGGAUACCCCCUUAGUGAUCUGGGCUAGAUCUGUAUGGAUGGAAACAGGCAAAAUUGAGAAGAUUGUUGAUCCAUACCUUGCAAGUGAAUUUUCCAGUUCAGUAGCAAUAGCCAAGCAAGUUGCUGCAGUCCUUUCAUUGGCAUUCCGAUGCAUAGAGAAGGAUCCAGGAAAGAGGCCGAACAUGAAAGGUGUUAUUAGCAUUUAUAAUAAGAACUUGUUUAAGCUGAGGCGUGAUGAGGUUCAAUAUGUCGAUGUGCUUGCAAUUAAACUGAUGGGAAAUGGUAAGUUGCAGGCAGACAAGUUUGUUCGGAUAGCUUCUCUAAUUGUUCCAAAAAUAACCUAUUCUUCGCGUAGUUUAAUCUUCCUUUCCUCUAUCACUGGUCCAAUACUCACCAAACCUUUCAACUGGUUUUUCCUUUUACGUUGGGGUCAAUAUAGGCAUCUGCAGAAAUCCUUGUACUCACAGACCAAAUCAUACUACUCUAUAACUAUAAACACUGAUCAAACCGAGGCCACUGUCCAAAUUAGUGUAUAGUUGUGGCAAAAAUUCCAAAGGUAGGCGCCAAAAGCGAAUAGAGCACUUCAGAAAUUGAUGUGGAAAGAUGGUGGAUUGUAUGUGACUGCAGCACAUUGGUAUUGAGGGAAAAUGACUUCAUGGGUGGUAUACCGGGCUUUUUGGCAGAAUUUAGCAACCUUCGCGAGUUAAAACUUUGUGGAAUUUUGUUUGGAGGCAAAAUUCUUCGAUCAAUGGGAACAUUGCGCAGUCUGUUCCAUGGAUUAAAUUUGAGUGUUAAUGGAUUGUCAGGUGACAUUCCUGCAUAAAUUGGGAAGCUAAAACUGCUGCAAAGUCUAGACAUAUCCUCGAUCAAUUUGACAGGAAGCAUAGUUUCUCUUUGAAAGUCUUGUUUCAUUAAUUGAAAUCAAUAUUUCUUACAAUCUCUUCAAUGGUUCUGUACCAAAAGGUCUAAUGAAGUUAUUGAAUUUCUCACCAUCCUCAUUUAUGGGUAAUCAUCUCCUAUGUGUUA